CCCUACUUCAACUUCCUCCGCGGUUCACACUAGCCGAUGUCUGCACAGGAAAAACAGAAACGACUGCCUCGCUAUGCUGUUCUAGAGCCGGAAAAUGUCGAGUACUACGCAACAUCAACCCGUUUGGGCCGUUAUGGUCUCCUACCCUCUGAGAUCUUCUGGAAUGAGCGUUACCGGUACCUAGAGGAGUCCGGAUACGUUCUGCGUCCACGCUAUGCACCCAAUUGGAAACCCUCGUGGUCUGGGACGAAUUUGGACCCGAUGUACUGCGAGGACGCGAUCAUGCUCAAGCACCACCAGGUCAUCGACGCUAGGCGUAGAAAAGACAACGAGCUGGUUGCUAUAAAGCGUUUUCGAAAGGAUAGCCAAGAGCUACACGUCGCUCAGUUUCUCACUUCCGUAAAGGAAGAAUCGAAGCACACUGUGCCAGUAUUGGCUGUCCUGCCAGAUCCUUACGACAACCGGCUUUCUCUCAUGGUCAUGCCUCACCUACGUCCCUGCAACGACCCCGAGUUCGGGAAUAUCGGCGAAGUAAUCGAGUUUAUCGACCAAAUGAUCGAGGGUCUUGUUUUUCUGCACAGGCAUAGGGUAGCACAUCGUGACAUUGCGCUCGUUAACAUCAUGAUGGACGCGAAGCCUCUCUAUCCAGACGGCUAUCAUCCAGUCAGGUUGGGGGUCAGUGCAGAUGCACUGUACGAUGCCACUCCCCUUCCACGAACGGGUCGCUCGAUAACCUACUACUACAUCGACUUUGGCUUCUCCGUCAAGUUUCCAGAAGGCUCGCCGUCCCUCGUCGUCGGAGACAUUGGGCGGGACGCGGAGGUACCGGAGCUCUCCCAUGACAUCCCCUAUGACGCUUUCCCGGUCGAUAUCUAUGCCCUGGGCAACUUGUUCUUCAAGCACUUUGCACAGCUUUACAACAGCAUGGAGUUCCUCCUGCCUUUGAUCGAGCAAAUGAAGCGGCAUCAACCGGAGACGCGUCCAACAGCAGCGCAAGUUCUUCGGGAGUGGAAGAAGGUCCGCGGCGACCUUAACGAGUCGCUCUUCCGAUGGCGCUUGGGACCGAAGUCCGAACCGGCCAUCGAACGGAUGUUCAAGGACACGGUCGCCGUCGCUUGGGAGGGAGUCUUCCGCCUCAGGAAGCUGGUGGGGUAG